AUGGAGAAACCGAAUUUGCCAGUAUUCUGGGAAGCUCAGUUUGGUGAUUUCUCCAAUGGUGCACAAGUGAUAUUCGACCAGUUUCUGAGUAGUGUAGCAGCCAAAUGGCUCCGCCAAACUGGCCUUGUUGGUCUACUGUCUCAUCGUUAUGAUGGCAAGGUCCUGAACACUCCAUCUCCCGUCUUGAGCGCUUCCUUCAGGUAA